GGUGAUGAUGCCAACAUCCGCUGAGAGAGCGGGACAAUACAGCAGUUAGAGGAAGGAACCCCCUUUAUUUUUCAUUUCCAUCUCUAUUUUUAUGUGAUUUUAUUUUGGAAUAAGACUGUUUGUGUAUGUGCUGACUGUAGUGUUCAGACAAGGCGGGGCUGAACCAGCUGUCUCAUUUUGGACGCACCAGCACAGGACACAGAGGAGACCCUGGAGUGUUGUUGCUGUUCCUGCUGCUGUUCGAUGACAGUGUAGAGACUCAGGCAUGAAUUCGGCUGAACAGACAGUGACAUGGCUGAUUACUCUGGGAGUCUUGGACUCACCAAAGAAGAGCAUCUCGGAUCCAGAGGCUUUCCUCCAGACGUCUCUGCAGGACGGAGUCGUGCUGUGUAAACUGCUGGAGCGACUCCGACCCGGGACGGUGGACAAAUUUGUCCAGGAUACGAGGAGCGACAGCGACUGUCAGAGGAAUAUCGGCGAGUUUGUGAAAGGCUGCGGGGCUUACGGUGUGGAGCCUUUUGAGGUCAGUGACCUCCUACAGGGCCUGAACUUCUCCAAGGUCCUGAACUGCUUGGUUGCCCUGAACAAAGCCACUGAAAGUGUCCCCGGAGACAUUGUGUGCCUGCCACACUCCUCAACCUUGAGGAUCAAGUCAUUUGACGCUCUGAACACUCAGACUCGUUCCUCCAAACUACUGCAGCCUCAGUAUCGCAGCCUGGACAUGUCAGAGGGCAGUGGGUGUGGCCACGUGCUGGUCAAGGCACGCUUUCCCUUCCAGCAGACCAAUGAGGACGAGCUCUCCUUCUCCAAGGGCGACAUCAUCAGUGUGAGCAGACAGGAGGAGGGGGGCUGGUGGGAAGGCUCGCUUGAAGGCAGGACAGGGUGGUUCCCCAGUAACUAUGUACGAGAGCUGAAAGGAAAUGAUAAGACAUUAGAAAAGCCAAAGACUGGAACACUAAAGAGUCCACCCAAAGGAUUUGACAACACUAUCAUCAGUAAGACCUACUACAAUGUGGUGCUACAGAACAUCCUGGAAGCAGAGAGUGAAUAUUCCAGGGAGCUGCAGAGUCUUCUUGGUGCAUACUUGCGCUCACUUCACCCCACAGACAGACUCAGCAGUGAGGACAUCAGUCACAUUCAAGGAAAUCUGGAGGAGAUCUCAACCUUCCAGCAGAUAUUGGUGCAGUCUUUAGAGGAGCACACAAAACUGCCAGAGAGCCAGCAGAGGAUAGGGGGCUUUUUCUUGAGUCUGAUGCCGCAGAUGAAGCUCAUCUAUGUGGCUUACUGCUCCAACCACCCAUCUGCUGUCAAUGUACUCACACAACACAGUGAGGUGCUCGGGGAGUACAUGGAGUCAAAGGGAGCGUCAAACCCAGGGAUCCUGACUCUGACCACGAGUCUGAGUAAACCCUUCACCAGACUGGAGAGAUACCCAUCACUUCUAACUGAACUGGAUAGACACAUGGAGGACCAACACCCUGACAGCUCUGAUCUUCAUGCUUCCAUAGUGGCCUUCAAAAACCUUGCAGCUCAGUGUCUGGAGGUGAGAAAGAAGAAGGACCUGGAGUUGCAUAUUUUAACAGAGCCAAUCCGAAACUGGGAAGGGGAUGACAUCAAAAGUCUUGGGCCUGUUCUGCACAUGUCCCAGGCAACAGUGCACACACAGAACUGUCAGGAGUCAAACGAACGCUACCUCAUCCUCUUCCCUCAUACACUGCUCAUGUUAUCUGCCAGCCUGCGAAUGAGUGGAUUCAUCUAUCAGGGGAGGAUGCCACUGACAGGGAUGCUCAUCUCCAGAAUAGAGGAUGGAGAAAACCUGAGGAAUGCUUUUGAAAUAUCUGGUGGACAGUGUGAGCGGAUGCAGGUGGCGUGCAACACUCAGCACGAUCUACAGGACUGGCUCGACCUUCUCACCAAACAGACACACACUCCAGCUACACACAGACACUCACACAAGCCCCAGUCCAUCUAUCACACACUUCCCAUUCAACCGGUCAGUCCAACUAGACACUCUGAGUCUCGUGGAGGGAGCAGUGGACACAGUUUCACUCUUCCUCACCUCUCCUCCUAUGGGACGUUACACAGUGGUCUGAUGUGGGGGUCUCUGGAGCCACCGAGUACCCCCAAACAAUGGAGCCUGAGCUGCCUCCGCCCUGCGCCUCCUCUGCGACCCUCUGCUGCUCUCUGCUACAAGGAGGAUAUGAGUAAAAGUCCCAAGAACAUGAAAAAGCUGCUCCCAAAGAGGAAGCCAGAGAGAAAACCUUCAGAGGAGGACCUCACUGCCAGAAAGAGUAUGGCAGCUUUGGAGGAGGACGCUCAGAUACUGAAGGUGAUUGAAGCCUACUGUACCAGCGCCAAGACACGGCAGACUCUUAACUCCACUUGGCAGGGGACUGACCUCAUGCACAACCAUGUGCUCGGUGACACCAGCCUCACCAUUGCUGGGCUACCCGGCAACCUGCCAUGUUCUGACCAAUCAGAGGACUCGGAUUAUGACAGUAUCUGGACCAGCCAUAGUUACAGGACUGCCUCGUUUUCUCGCUCCAGCAGGAAGGAUGUUCACAUGUUGUUCCCAGAGGAGGAGAAGAUUAUUGUGGAGGAAACCAGGAGCAACGGACAAACUGUAGUGGAGGAGAGGAGUUUAGUGGACACUGUGUACAGCCUCAAGGACGAAGUCCAGGAACUCAAACAGGACAACAAGAGGAUGACGAGGACGUUGGAGGAGGAGCAGCGGGCGAGGAAAGAGCUGGAGAGGGUUGUCAGAAGAGUUCUCAAGAACAUGAAUGACCCCAUCUGGGAUGAGACAAACCUCUGAAAUGAAAAACACCACGGACAAAUCCAGUUUGAUUUGAUUUGAUUCUUUUAAAUGACCAAAUCUAUGAAACGUUGUCCCAAUGCUUCACCAGCUAUUCAACACCUGUGCACUAAACUUUGGACCAAGAGAAAGACAGAUUCCAUCCCAUCUGAGUGUAAAGCUGUGAAGCCAAAUCAGCCGGUAGGUAUAGUGACGUCACUUCCUAUCUUGCUCUCUUCCUCUUUUCUUUUAGCUUUUAGAGCACUGACAAAAAACAACAGCA